UUUUCCUUGGUCGAGAUUUGCUUCUAUUUUGUGUAUUCUUUUUCGGCUGCGACGGAGGAGGAGCUGAGGAAGCUGCUUUCGAAGCAGAACCAGUCCGGUGAAAUGCCGAUGUACGUCGUCGCCGAGUGCGGCCACGUCGACAUCGUGAAGGAACUCAUCGAGCACUGCGACACCGGAUUGGCCGGGAUCAAGGCUAGGAACGGCUACGACGCUUUCCACAUCGCCUCUAAGCAAGGCAAUCUCGAAACAUUGAGGGUUCUGAUGGAGGCGAAUCCAGAGCUGGCGAUGACAUUCGAUUCGUCCAAUACGACGGCGCUCCACUCGGCCGCCGCGCAGGGACACAUGGACGUGGUGGAUUUCCUCCUGGAGCGAUGCGGCACCGUCGCGGCCAUCGCCAAGAGCAACGGCAAGACGGCCUUGCACUCCGCGACGAGAAAUGGGCAUUUGCAGAUAGUGAAGGCGCUUCUAGGUAAAGACCUUGCAAUCGCCACCAGAACUGACAAGAAAGGGCAAAUGACGCUUCACAUGGCGGUUAAAGGACAGAACGCCGAGUUGGUAGAGGAAUUGGUCAUGUCCGAUCCUUCCUUGAUCAAUAUGAUCGCUGGACUAGAGAAGUGCUGGCCGAGAGACGUCCUUCGACCCGGUCGAGCAGCAACAACGUUCAUCUGUCUCCUUUGUUCAGAGAUACUACCUCACCACUCCGCCGCCCCCUUCACCGCCCUCGCCGCCGCCUUCGUCCCCUCCACGGUCUUCUUCGUCUUGUAA